GCCUUCGCUGCUGCUUCUGCAUCGUGAAUCAGGGGACCUUGGCAGCCAGACCUCAUUCCUCUUACAGUAGCUCUCGUCUAGUCGCCACAACUCUGCCACCAUGUUUGAGGCACGCCUGAUCCAGGGCUCCAUCCUGAAGAAGGUGCUGGAGGCUCUCAAAGACCUCAUCAAUGAGGCCUGCUGGGACGUCAGCUCGGGCGGCGUGAACCUGCAGAGCAUGGACUCGUCUCACGUCUCCUUGGUGCAGCUUACUCUGCGCUCCGAAGGCUUCGACACAUACCGCUGCGACCGCAACUUAGCCAUGGGCGUGAACCUCACCAGCAUGUCCAAAAUUCUAAAAUGUGCUGGUAAUGAAGACAUCAUUACAUUAAGGGCUGAAGAUAAUGCAGAUACCUUAGCACUAGUAUUCGAAGCACCAAAUCAAGAGAAAGUUUCAGACUAUGAGAUGAAGUUAAUGGACUUAGAUGUUGAGCAACUUGGAAUCCCAGAACAGGAGUACAGCUGUGUAAUAAAGAUGCCAUCGGGUGAAUUUGCACGUAUAUGCCGAGACCUUAGCCACAUUGGAGAUGCUGUUGUGAUAUCCUGUGCAAAGAAUGGGGUGAAGUUUUCUGCAAGUGGAGAGCUUGGCAAUGGGAACAUUAAGUUGUCACAGACAAGUAAUGUGGAUAAAGAAGAGGAGGCGCCGUAUCCCCAUCACCCUAAAGCAGCUCCCAGCCCGCCUCGAGGCCGCCCGGAUGCCGAGGCCUUUCCAGCUCGGUUGUCCCCGGAGCUCUACUCCUGGUUCCCAACUCUGGAGACGGUGCUCACACAGCCUUGCCGGACGCUCCAGGGACGGCAUGGGGCUGUCGGUGUCGGGUCACCCGGAGUCCCCGCCCGCCCGCCCCGCCUGACUCCCCGCUCCGCGCGCCCGGCUCAGGCGGCUCCCUGGUCCCCCGCGGGCGCGAACCGCAGCGGCCUGUGCAAGCGCAGCGCCCCCCGCGGCCGAGCCGUGCGCAGCGGAGCGGGGAGGCGGCGCCCGGCCGGCCCCCUCCCGGGUCGCCAGCGGUGUCGCGCCUCCGCCCGCCCCUGA